AUGGGACAAAGUUUCCCAGUGGCUAGAAAGCCCCAGGUCACUGGAUUAUGUCAUAAUCAGUGAUGUCAUCAGUGGGGAAAUUCUCAAGUUGCCCUGAUUUAAGCCUUUCAGCCUUGAAGCUGGUGGGAUCAAGGAACUGAGAGUGAGAUGGCUCUUCAUAGCAUGUGGGCUCCACAGACAGCAGUCAUAGGGGAUGGGCCUGCCAAGAGAAAGGACGAACAGGCCUCCCUGAAUGCACAGGGCCUCCAGACUGCCUCCUUAAAGAGUGGUCCAGCAAAGCGCGCAGUGUGGGUCCGCCAUAACUGUUCGGAGCCAGAAGAGCCUACUAAAUCAGCAGAAGCCAAGGAGAGGCCCGAAGUAAAGGUGACCAAAGCGGUGGUCGUGGACCUUGGCACUGGCUACUGUAAAUGUGGCUUUGCAGGGCUUCCAAAGCCCUCCUACAAGAUCUCAUCGACAGUGGGCAAGCCCUACAUGGGGACCACCAAAACUGGGGACAGCCGCAAAGAGACAUAUGUGGGGCAGGAGCUUGUCAAUCCAGAGGUUCGCCUCAAGCUAGUUAAUCCUCUGCGGCACGGCAUCAUCGUGGACUGGGACUCAGUGCAGGGUAUCUGGGAAUAUCUCUUCCAAAAAGAGAUGAAGAUCUCCCCAGAAGAGCACGCGGUCUUGGUUUCAGACCCGCCACUGAGCCCGCACACCAACAGAGAGAAGUAUGCCGAAAUGCUGUUUGAGACCUUCGGCACUCCUGCGAUGCACAUCGCCUACCAGUCCCGCCUCUCCAUGUACUCCUAUGGAAGGACCUCUGGCCUGGUCGUGGAGGUAGGCCACGGCGUGUCCUACGUAGUCCCCAUCUAUGAAGGCUACCCUUUGCCUAGCAUCACGGGACGGCUGGACUAUGCGGGCUCUGAUCUGACAAACUACUUGAUGGGCCUGCUGAACAGUUCGGGAAAACACUUCACUGAGGACCAGAUGGGCAUUGUGGAAGACAUCAAGAAGAAAUGCUGCUUUGUGGCCCUGGACCCCAUCGAAGAAAAGAAAGUCCCAGAUACUGAGCAUAUGAUCCAGUAUAUUCUGCCGGACGGGCAGCAGAUACACCUGGGCCAGGAAAGGUUCCUCUGCUCAGAGAUAUUCUUCAAGCCUUCUCUGAUCAAGUCCAUGCAGCUGGGCCUCCACACCCAGACAGUGUCCUGCCUUAACAAGUGUGACAUCGCCCUCAAACGGGACCUGAUGGGGAGUAUCUUGCUCUGCGGGGGGAGCACUAUGCUCAGCGGUUUCCCUAACCGCCUGCAGAGGGAGCUGAGCAGCUUGUGUCCCAAUGACACUCCCCAGGUAAACGUGUUGCCUGAAAGAGAAACUGCAGUGUGGACAGGAGGGUCCAUCCUGGCAUCGCUUCAGGGCUUCCAACCACUGUGGGUCCACCGCUUUGAGUAUGAGGAACAUGGGCCUUUCUUCCUCUACAGAAGGUGCUUCUGAACUCGGACAAAGCAUGGUCCCUGUGGCUGCCAUGUGUCAGCCUUGCCGGGUGAGCACCCACCCCACACAUAGGGAGCUGAGCCAGCACGUUCACUCCAGCAGUAUUAAACAAUCUGUUCCCCUCCACAAUGCGUUUCUCUCUUUCCUGGCUUAGUGAGAACUUCAUACCUGCAGCUCUGCCUUAAAAUAUACAUCUGCCAACACAAAGGUGGAGGUGAGGGGCGGACGACGGAAGAAAGAGGCAUGAAUCUCAUAACUGCUUAAACAUCCUUGGGAGAAACUAGCUCUAAAAUGAUGCUCUCUUAUAUUGUUUCCCAC